AUGACAUCCAGGAAACGUUCACCUGAGUCAGGUGCUGGCCUUGACAGCGUCCGCCCCAAAAAGGCCAAGGUCAACACUACAGCGGAAACCAAAACCGAUUCUAAUGGAGAUCGCUAUUGGGAAAUAUCCAAGAUGCGCCGCGUGACCAUAUCUUCUUUCCGUGGGAAAACUCAGGUGAAUAUCAGAGAAUACUAUGAAAAGGACGGGCAGGAGUUGCCAGGAAAAAAGGGUAUUUCAAUGCCCGUGAAUCAAUUCGCUGCCAUCGUCUCCAUUCUACCUGAAAUCGAACUGGCACUGAGAGAAAACGGGGAAUCCCUGCCUCGGCCUGUCUACUCGCCAGAGGGAGGCCAAUCUGAUAAAGGAGAGCAAGGAAAGGACCAUUCGGACAACCAAAGUCCAUCAAAGCAGAAUAUCGAGGCAACAAGUGACGAGGAGAGUGAAGCAUAA